CAAAUAUGUUUUCGAAAAUGGUACGCGCUAACAUGAAGACCAGACAAAUUCGUAACAAGUUGAUGCAUGAUGGCGUGGACUUUAUGCCGAAUGUCAGUGCAUGCCAGAAGAUAUUUAUGCUAGUUCUUGACGAUGAAGCACGUCAUUGGUUUCUGUAUCUCGUCAAUGUCCAGCAAAAAACUGCAUUUUUGCUUGACAGUCUACCUUCAACUAGUGAGGCGAAUCGUAGGCGUAAAUCAGAACUAUGCAAGAAAUUG